UCAUGAAGUGCUUGUUGCCUCUCACUCCAUCAUGGAUUAGAUCUCACAUGGAAGUAUUGGGAGGAGGGUCUCUUCUCUCUAUUUAAGGAGGUGCAGACCUCUUCCUGUUUCUCCACAGAGAAUUCCUCUCUUUCUCUGUCCCUCCCUCUCCCUUUUUCUGUGAUCUCAGAUCUUCCUCUGUAGAAAAAGGUGGGAGUCUCUCAGAAGAGUGUCUAGAACGCAAACAUGGUGAAGAUCUGCUGCAUCGGUGCCGGCUAUGUCGGUGGCCCAACCAUGGCCGUCAUUGCCUUGAAAUGCCCCAACAUCGAGGUGGCCGUCGUCGACAUUUCCGUCACCCGCAUCGCUGCAUGGAACAGCGAUCAGCUCCCGAUCUACGAGCCCGGCCUUGAAGACGUCGUGAAGCAGUGCCGAGGGAGGAACCUCUUCUUCAGCACUGACGUAGAAAAGCAUGUCUGUGAGGCCGAUAUCAUAUUCGUCUCGGUGAACACCCCCACCAAAACCCGUGGCCUCGGCGCCGGUAAGGCUGCUGACCUUACCUACUGGGAGAGUGCUGCUCGCAUGAUCGCCGACGUCUCAAAGUCCGACAAAAUUGUGGUGGAGAAGUCCACGGUCCCCGUUAAGACCGCCGAGGCCAUCGAGAAGAUCUUGACCCACAACAGCAAAGGCAUAAGCUACCAGAUCCUCUCCAACCCAGAGUUCCUCGCAGAGGGUACUGCAAUCCAGGACCUGUUCAACCCCGACCGGGUGCUUAUCGGCGGGAGGGAGACUCCGGAGGGGCAGAAGGCCGUCCAAGCACUCAAGGAGGUCUAUGCCAAUUGGGUUCCCGAGGACAGAAUCAUCACGACCAAUCUAUGGUCAGCUGAGCUAUCCAAGCUCGCUGCUAAUGCCUUCCUAGCGCAGAGGAUCUCGUCGGUGAACGCCAUUUCGGCGCUCUGCGAGGCCACCGGGGCAAACGUGGCGGAGGUGGCCUACGCCGUCGGAAAGGACAGCAGGAUCGGGCCUAAGUUCUUGAACGCAAGCGUCGGAUUUGGUGGCUCCUGCUUCCAGAAGGACAUCCUGAACUUGGUCUACAUCUGCGCGUGCAAUGGCCUCCCUGAGGUGGCCAACUACUGGAAGCAAGUGAUCAAGAUCAAUGACUACCAGAAGAGCCGGUUCGUGAACAGGGUUGUUUCCUCCAUGUUCAACACUGUUGCUGGGAAGAAGAUUGCUGUGCUCGGGUUCGCGUUCAAGAAGGACACCGGCGACACAAGGGAGACGCCGGCCGUUGACGUCUGCAAGGGGCUGCUGGGUGACAAGGCCAAGAUUAGCAUCUACGAUCCGCAGGUGACGGAGGACCAGAUCCAGCGGGAUCUUGCGAUGAACAAGUUCGACUGGGAUCACCCCAUCCACCUCCAGCCGAUGAGCCCGACGGCGGUGAAGGAGGUGACCGUGACCUGGGACGCCUACGAGGCCGCCACGGGAGCACACGCAGUCUGCAUCCUGACCGAGUGGGACGAGUUCAAGCGACUGGACUACUCGAAGAUCUACGAGAACAUGCAGAAGCCUGCCUUUAUCUUCGAUGGACGCAAUGUGGUGGAUCCUGAGAAGCUCAGGGAGAUGGGAUUCAUCGUGUACUCGAUCGGGAAGCCAUUGGAUCCCUGGCUAAAGGACAUGCCUGCUGUGGCCUAAUUGGGGGCUCUGUUGGAAGAGAGAGAGAGAGAGGGAUUCUUUCCGGAUCACAAUGCUAAGGUUUCGUAGUGGUUGUCGUAUCAUUAUACUUAUGUUUGGAGUGUCUUAUUAUAUAUGGAGCCAAUUGUCACUGUAAUUGGUCUCAUAUGGUAUGUAAGAUUAAGAUUAGUGUACUAUUAUUAAUUCUUAUAUAUAAGAUUUAUAAUUGUAGUUAA